AUGUGGCGGCGCACGCACGUGUUUUGUGGGCUCCCUAACUUUACAAUCAUCGCCAGACUGUCUGUCGCCAUCCUGUCUCGGUCAGGAACGUGUGAGGCUUCCCCUCGCGCCGCACAAGAACUACCAUACGCUCUAUACCUCCCAGAUUCUACAUCCGCAAUGGCCUCCCGCAGCUCCGCGCGCCGCUUCGUCGCGGCAGUGUUCGCUGCCGCAGCGAUGCAGCCGGCGCUCGCGGGCUUCGCCGACGCCUUCUUCGACGAGGGCGACCUGAGCUCCUUCGUUCAGACGUCCGCCGUCGUCUCCUCCGGGAGCCGCGUGGCCGGGGUGCCCAAGGACUGCGAGGCAGACGGCCUGGCGCUGCACGGGGCGGAGGGAGAUUUCGGCGACAUCGACGUGGUGGGCUUCAUACAGACGGGCGUGCAGGUCGCGGCGCGCCCGGCCGCCGAGCCGGACGGCGACCCCCUCUUCGACGCCGUGUCGCUCUGA